AAUAAAUGAAUAGGCAAAACUUGUCAAUAUGUGGUGUACGUUUUCUUUUGACACUGACAGUAUCGUGGAACGUGUGUAUUGUAAUAUUUGACAGCAGUUACUUGUCCUCGCUGUCGCCAAUGUGUUUAUACUUUGAGAGAUAAAACAAAACAGAUAGUUUUGCCAAAAUAUUUUUAAUUGUCCGAUUUUUGUUUACAAUAUAAAUUUAAAAGUAUUGAAGUGAGUUGCAAGAAUAGCAUAUAAAAAUAGUGCAAUAGAUUGUAGCUAUGCGGGUGCAUCCAACUUUAACAUUAAAAAUGAAUUGUAUGUUAAAAUAGAGUGAAAAAAAUAUGGGAAAUAAAGGGAAAGUUUGAAAACGAAAGAAAUUUCAGUAAAUUUACAAAGCUACUGUGUAAAGAGAUAAUUUAGAAAAAACGAGAGAAAUUUCAGUAAAUUGACAAAGCUACCGAGUAAAUAAAAUAAAUAAAUACAUAAUUUCUUUAAGCACUCAACGUGGUGCGAGCUAUAGGCUAAGCAAAUUCUGUUUGAGGUGGAAAGGGUAUACAUCUACAGACAAAGAAAAAAACCAAAAUUACAUCAAGUCAUCUUGCCCUACACCAGACGGCACAAUGAAUAGUAGAAAUGCUAGUUCUGAACAUGGCGCAACAGGACAAAAUUGGAAAAGUGAUGGUGAUAAUGGGAGCAGAGAUAAUGGAUGGCUGUCAUAUAUUGUGCCUAGCAUGCAAAGAAAAAUUACAAAACUUAAUCAUGAGUUGGUAGAGGAAUGUAAACGGUGUACGGAAGACUCAAUUUUAUCCAAAACGACAUGUGACGAAUUGGAAAGCUGCAGUCGUGACAUACGCCGUGAAAUUGUUAAAAAGAUGCGGAAUGGCUGCGCACCACUCUUCAUUGCAUGUAAACGGGGCUGCGUACCUAUAGCUGAGUACUUGGUUACCGUCUGCGAGGCCGAUAUCGAACAGCGUGGCCUCUAUGAGGUACCUGAAGAUCGCACAUUUCAUUACGUCACUCCACUCUGGUGCGCUGUUGUCUCUGGCAAGUUGCCAAUGGUGAAAUAUUUAGUCCGCAUUGGCUGUGAUAUAAAUGCCACCUCGGAUUCAGGGUCAACUCCAGUGCGUAGUGCCUGUUUUAUGACACAUCUUGAAAUCGUACAAUAUUUGGUUGAAGCUGGUGCCGAUAUCAAAAAGCCCAACAUGAAUGGUGGCACUUGUUUGAUAAAUUCUGUGCAAUCGGUGACACUGUGUUUAUAUUUAAUUCAAAAAGGCGCUGAUGUCAACGCCAAGGACAUACAAGAAAAGACUGCCCUACAUUACGCCAUACAGGAACAUAGAUUAGAAACUACCAAGCUAUUAUUGGAGCAUGGCGCCGAUCCUUAUAUGAAGAGUCGUUAUGGCGAUGACGCCCUGCGAACAGCCUGCGUUAGAGGAGCAAAACAAAUCUAUGAUUAUUUGAAAUCACAUGUUUCAUACUCACCCCAGAUGAUGAUCGAGGCUAAUGAGUUAAUCGGUUCAACUUUUCUGGAUGAACAUAAUGAAAGUAGACUGGCGGUACGUCAUUGGCGUUUAGCCCAUCUUAUACGCGCUUCUUUCACACCCUACUUAGAAAAAGAACCCAGGGUACCACUGCGCCCUGCCUAUGGCAAUGCCGUUGAAUUUUCCACACUCGAUGAGCUCGACAACAUAGCAACAGAUAUGGAUGCAAUGCGUAUUCAAAGUUUGAUGAUUUGUGAGCGCAUACUCGGCAUAACGCACAAAGAUACGCUCUUCCGCUUAACUUUUCGUGGCGCUUCAUAUGCCGACUCACUGCAACUGCAGCGUUGCAUCGAUUUGUGGCGCCUAUUGCUGGAAGUGCGAGUAACGCAUUUUUCAAUACUACAUUUCGAUACUUGUUAUGCCGCUCAAGCAUUGGUACGCUUAAUGAUUGACUUGCACGAACGCAACAGGAAUCAACGAGCUAACGCAGAGGGCCCCGCCGCACUGGACGACGACGAGGACAAUAUCGAUGAAAUAAAGGAAGAUCACAUACCGCUAUUCGAAGAUGUAUUCGGCGUAUUUCGCCUGCUAACUGAAACCAUCGCUGACUCACAAGAACUGCUGCAAGUGCGACCAGUCUAUCGAAAACAGCAAGAAAAUUUUGAUCGCAUUUUGAAGUGCAUAGCGCAUCUAAUUUACUUGUUAAUAAGCACGGCGAAUACGCAUGAGCAAAAAAAGUCUGUGUUCUGUGCUGUGCGUGAUUUGGUGCGAGCGACUGUGCGUAGUGCAUGCACAUCCGACACUUUGCUGCAUCUAUGCGUUUCACGACUGAAUGUCAUAAAGAGUGGCUACCUUAGCGAUGAGAACAAUUUAACGAUUGUGUUUCCAAACGCAGAUGUGAUUAAAUUGCUACUCGAUUGCGGUAUGAAUGUGAAUGCCAAAAAUGAGGCUAAAUCAACGCCGUUGCAUGUUGCUGUGCAACCGUAUAAUUAUAGCAAUGCUAUUAUACUAUUGUUGUUAGAACACGGUGCAGAUUUAGACCAGCCCAAUAAGUCCGAUGAGCGCCCAUUUAAUUUGAUUGUAAGCAAUCCAGCCAAUACGAUACCCUUAAUGAACUAUGUGAAUCUCAAGUGUCUAACUGCUACAAUAAUAAGUAAAUACAAAAUUCCGUAUCGUAAUCAAAUACCAAAAUUGCUCGAAGAUUUCGUUAAACAACAUGAGCCUUGAAAGUAUACGUACAUGCCAAAGCAAAAUAUCUGAUACAAUUUUUGUUUCGAACGCAAUUAAUAUGUCCAUGAACAAACCUAAGUAGUAUGCGAUUUAAAGGAAUGAAAAUGCAAAGAAAAAGCUGACUAGUGAUAUAUAAUUUAAUUUGAAUGCUUUGUAAAUGGUAGUAAAGAUAAUAAAUCAUUAGAAUUGAGUAAAAA